UUGCCCUUUACUUGUCCUGUUUCGUGUUUCGGCCAGUUCUCUGCUGCUCUCCCAACUUCCUGUACUAUCCCAACAUGCAACUGGAAGGAUGCCAGGAUGGCCAACCCUUUAAAUCAUCGACGAUGAUUCCCCGGCGUUGUCUGAACCACACGAAUUGUACAGCUCUUCUGUGCGAUACGCCGAUGACGCGCUGCUCGCCCUGCAUGGCUGGAGGCAUCACGGGGCUAAGUUUUUCCACUUCCAGUGGCGUCUACCUAAAGAGAAAACUGGUGAAAUUGAACCUGGCGUAUAACACUUCUCUUAUCACAGAUAGGACAUUUCAAAUACCGUCAUACCUAGUACCUGGAGAUGUGAUUUAUAUGAGAGCAACUCUUCUGAAAUACGACACUCUCACCAUCAACUUGACUAAAGAUAGUCAAACUUACUAUCAUGCCAGAGCCAGGUGUGAUGACUAUUGUGCCGAGUCCAGUACCUGCGAUUCAGCAAAAUGCAGCGAGAAAUUUUACGUAGUCAACAGAUACAUUGACGGGCAUUGGGGAAGCGAGAUCAGGAUAUAUAAGUACAAGAUGCUUGUCAACCAAGUAUUUGAGUGGCACAUUUUGAUCAACGCCCAGUCUGUGGACUGGUACAUCAACAGGACACACGUCUGUAGAUUGGAUACGAUAACAACAUACAGGCCUGUGCUUUUACAGGUAGCAGGCACAGCACAGGUCCACGAACUGAGUUUGUAGGUGAUUAUGUAAGCAACGACAAGUGUUUCUUUCUGAAUGUCGGACCUGAUCAGAAUUUUUGGUGUAGGCCUAUUACCGAUCUUAUGAAAAUGUACUUCAAGAUAUGAAUAUAAACGUGUCAUACUUCUGAACAAUGAAAUAGAGUUGUUGAAAAUUUAAGCCAAUGUCCUAUAUUUUAUUUAACAUGUUGGCACUACAUUUUGUUAUAUAUAUAUACAUAUAUUUACAGGGCCGGUCCUAGCAAUUGCGGGGCCCUAUGCGAAACUGAUUGCGCGGGGCCUAGUCUGUGUGGGAAUAAGGAUAAUAAGUGAAAAUUAUGAUUUUGUAUAAGAAAAAAAAAUUUGACUUUACUAAGUUAAAAAUUGCGAUCUGUACUUUACGAACCUUGUAAACCAAUGGCAUAUUUAUAUACUAGUGAUUAUAAAUGAUUAUAAAAGUAAAUAAAAGUAUUGGAACUUCCGAUUAAGGUAUAAAUUCGCCCGAUUAUUACAUGAAAGCUGACAAUGCCUUUUGUCCUUUUAUCACACAGAGGAUUGCCGUUUUCCGCAAUGAAUGACACCCACAAAUGACAAUUUUCUCUAUUUUUCUGGAGAUUUUAAAGAGUUUUCAGGAGAUUUUAAUAAAUUCAGGAGAUUUCCAGGAGUUUUUCGUAUAUAAUUUGCAAUUUAAUAAUUACACCCUGAAUUAGCGUGGGGCCUAUGAAAGCGCGGGGCGACCGCAUAGGUUGCAGUGGCCUAAGA